UCACACUCAUACUAAUACAUACGAAUAGACACUCAGGGCCAGACCAGGCUCUGCCGCCUGCACAUCACCCCGAGCUGUACACGAGCGGGCACCAUGGAGAUCAGAGAAUCACAAAGUCAGCAGGAAAGGCUGCAGAUGAUAGCGGAGAAAAGGCGACGUCAAGUUGAAAUUGAGAACAAGAGACGUCAGUUAGAAGAUGAUCGAAGACAACUGCAGCAUCUUAAGUCUAAGGCUCUACGAGAGCGCUGGCUUCUUGAUGGAGCUCCAGCUUCUACCCCUGAGGAAGAUGAGGCCACAAGAAGACAGAUGCAAGAAGAUGAACUGAAGACCCAGGAGCUUGAGGACAGUAUUCAGAGGCUGGAGGGAGAAAUUGAGUUACUGGAGAGUGGCUUGUCCAGCACAUCCACCAAAGAGAGCCUAGCAGAGGAGAUGGCACAUUCAGAGCCUGAGAACCAAGACACUGUCAACAUCCAAAAGACCAUAGUGAAUGCUGCCAGAGAUCAGAAUGCUGUACAGUCCCCGGCAAAGAAGACAGAUAGUCCAGAUAUGAUGAGAGCAGCCAUGUACUCUGUGGAGAUAACAGUAGAGAAGGACAGAAUCACAGGGGAGACUAAGGUCCUCUCUAGCAACACUGUGCUCCCCAAAGAGCACCUGCUUCAGGGGGUCAAGGUGUAUGAAGAUGAACAGAAAGUUGUUCAUGCAGUAAGAUCUGAGGUGGCAAUUCCCAAUGAUACGGUCCACCCGCUGAGUUCCACAGAGGUGGAAGAGCUGAUCACAAAGGCAGAGGAAGCAUCACUCAGUGAGAUUUCCUUAACCUCAGAUGAGAAGGCCCAGAUCAAAAAAGCAUCUCCCCGCAAGGAGAUUCCUGGUGUGCAAGCUCGACCCCCUCACACAUCACCAGGCCCAGAACAACCAGUAACCAUGAUUUUCAUGGGCUAUCAGAAUGUGGAGGAUGAGAAUGAGACAAAGAAAGUUUUGGGCGUGGAAGAGGCUAUCACUGCAGAACUAGUCAUCAUUGGUGAUGGGGAUGCCCAGCCAGCUGUUGAUGGAGACCUACAAGAAAAGGUUCAACAUCCUCCCAAUGGUGCCCCUGCAGAUACUCCCAACAAGAGUGAGAAGCCAGAGACCAAUGACACAGCAGCACCCACGAGUGGAGAGCAGGACCUAAGCAUGAAGAAACAAAGGUGCAAGUGUUGUAGCGUGAUGUAAGCAGAACGUAGGGGAGGGCUGUGCCUUUCCUCCUCUACUUCACAUACCCCUUAAAGCCUAAGAUGGGAGCUCCUAUGUCACCAUGGGGAACUGCUACCCCUUAGCCUUUUUCUCAGUUCCAUAAUGGGUUCCCUCUGUUUGCUGCAGCCUUUGAGGGAGCCCUCUUCACAAUUUCAAGACUCAGAAUGUGGUAUCCAGUCUGCCAUAAACAUUGCUUCCUCGUAAACCUGGAAGGACUGUACAACAUAAUCCAAUAAUUUGAAUGACUCAGGCCACACUGAGUUUCCAAGUUAAAGCUUUUCAGACUGUGAAGAAAACUUUUUCCAUGUCACUCCCAGGUGUAUGAGAGGGGUGCUUGUUUUUCUUCUCAGCUCUAUACAUGCUGUAAUGGCAGAAACAGUUCAACAUUUUAUCUUGUUGCCAUCCACUGUAGUCAUCUAUGAAGAAUCUGCAGCUCUCUCUAUAUAUUAAGAAAGCUACUGCCAAUUUGUACAAAGAAGAUGUUCAGCAUACACUUCCAAAUGCCUCCAACUUGCUCUUCUCCCAGUGCUAAGCCUUAUCAUUGCCCAAGCCUGAUUUUCAAGAGAGAUUACAAAAGCUUACAUGAACUGAAUGUAAUGUGGAUAACACAGAAUUACUAAAAUGAAAAUCGGUCUGGAAUAUUUUCCCUCUGGGUAUGAGAGUCUUAGCAGGAACUAGAUAAUUAGGUGAAGAUGGCUCAUACUUGUACAAAAAAAAUAGUAAUUAAGAGGUAUACUGUGAUAGAAUUUUAUGGUUAUUUUAAUUCUAAGACAUCAACAGAAAAAGUGUUAAGGUUUGGACCCUAUUUAGCCUAGCUGUAAGAAGUGUAUGUUCUAUAAAAGAGCAUAGUCAUUGAUGGAUAAACAUGCUACCUGUAUAAUUGCACAGGACCCAUCAAAAUAUGGAUUUUCCCCUCUUUUGAACGUGUGUGUAAAAUUCAUAUGUAGGUGUAUUUCAAGUGAAUUGUUAUGAUCAUAAAGGGGAGUUUUUCCACCUCAAUCUUCAUUGCUUGAAAAGAGCCAACUCAACACCCAUAGUCUUCUUAAACUCCUAAACUGGAACAGAGAAUAUAAGGAGAUCAUGAGACCUCAGGCAAGGGCAACUCAGUUCUUAGUAACAGAUGUAAACUGUAAUAAGGAUAUGUAGGCCAGGAAGUUGUUCUGUACACUAGUCCACCUUUCAACAACUUCAGUGGAUACAUAGAAAGUAAGCAAGACUUUUUUUGAUGGUGGUAGGCACUAUUUUAAAAUUGUAGACAGGGUGCCAUAUAAUCAAAUGCAGACCCUGUGUAAGAUUAUACCUGUGUACAAUUUAAUUAUCAUUACAAAUGCCACAACUUAAGGUGCAGAAUAUUAAACCUGCCAUCUAUGUUUCUUGUAUUUAUUGGCAUGUAAGAAUGUGUAGUAAUCAUUGGUGAACUGGAACAUGGCAAAGUUAUUUCCGUUCCCAUUAACAAAUAGUGGUAAUUCAAUUAUUGGUCCAUUAGACUCUCCUGUUGGCAGUCGCCUAGAGAGGUUUUAAUGCUCCAGUGAGUAAAAAAAUACAUUACAGCUAUAGUCGUUUGAACUCAGUCCCGCCCUAUAAAAAGAGCGCAAGAAGUGCUGAAGAUGUGAUAUGUAGGUAUUAUUUUCCUUUACGUCCAUUUGUUUGAAGCUGUAAGCUCUAGUGGCUGUAUAGGAUUGUGUAUUCUGCAAGACCUUGUAUGAUGUGCAUGGAGAGGUGCUGCAGGUCUUACUGAAUUCCCUCUGAUUUUCACCGUCCACCCCUUUGCCUAUGAUCCUUGUAUGUUAAUUGUGAACCCUCUGUGCCCAGCUGAGUUUAUGUGUCCCAGAUGUAGCACAUGAAGCUGGGUGUUCAUGAGGUCAUAGGUCCCAAGCUGGACUUUCAUAAUGGUGCCUCUGUCUUUUGCUCUACCUGCCCAAUACUGAACCUCACCUUCCCUCUUUUGCCCAGAUUUCAAAAGAAUUCACUGUAAAAUAUGUCAGUAAGUAAAUAAAAUGUGUCAUUAACUACA